GAAAAGCGCAUUACACACCAAGGUGCAAAAUAGCAACCUCCACCAUUAAUACUAUUAACAUCGUUUACUUUGCACUGAAAAUUAUCAAAAUUAUUUUUAUUAAUUUUCCCCUAAAUUUUGAUCGGCGAUCGGAAACCUCUCAAUCUUCCCCUUGUCUCCCCCGGCCGUCGAAUUUCUUCCCAUCGGUCAGGGUAGCCCGCCGAUUCUGCCUAUCAUUCCCCCCUUUCCAAAACCCUAAUUCCCUUCUUCAUUAAAAAAAGGAGGGAGGAGAAAUUGUCUUUUGUUGGGUUCCUUUGUAUGUUGGUUGCAGUGUGGGUUUGAGUGUUUAACAGUUACAGUGAGAUUCAGCAAUCUCAAAGUCACUAUCUUGAUUUGCUCGAGCUCCCACUGUCCACGUGGCGAUCUGGGUCUCUGCUUUCCACUUCUCCCUCUCAUGCGUAAAUCUCAGUGAGCUCCCUCAACUCCUUUUGUUUCCAGCUUUCUGUCAAUUUUAUUUCUGGGUUUAAUUUUGUUACUUCGCAUGUGCUUGUAAAUGUGAAUCGUAACUGGUUUGGGACUUCCGGACUUCGAUCUAACUGGGGAGUUACUUUUGUGGGUGCGAUGAAUAGUUUUUUCAGCAUCAUUUGUUGUUAAUCUAGGGUUUAAUUCAGCUUCGAUCUACUUGCAUUUGAUUUUCAAUUUGGAGUUUGAGGUAGCUUCAACUGAAUUCUGGGCUAGGUCGCGUGUUGGAGUUAUCGAUUUUCUCAGCUGGGUUUGUUUAGGGUAGCUUUUUAAUUGACGAGCGGUGGACUGUUGUGGCUGCUUGUUUGAUCAAAACACUUAUUGGAAUUCCGGUAAAAAUGGACCGCUAGAACUCGAAAUUUUCGCUGUUUCAUUGCUGGGUUUGAUUGUUUUUAACUGAUUUGAUUUUCAGGUCUGGAGAAGAAAGUAAUCCGUACGGUUUGUUGUUUGUUCUGUCUUUCGUUUUUCCGCUUCCAUUUCCCAUUUGCCAAAAGUAGCUUUGACUGAGUGUUGAAUGCGUUCUGAAAAGGAGUUGAACUUAUGUAGAGAAGCAAUUGAUGUAUACGUUACUGUUGCAGGACUUUAGUCCCUCCUGUAGAAAUUCUUUUGACUUUGAUCUGUUGUAAUUCAUUCUGAGAAAAUGUUGGUUGCAGAUAAGGAAAUGUGCGUCUUUGGUGGAAGGAGUCGUCAUCUGGUGCAUUUAUGCUUGCUAGGCUGGCCAUAGCUUUUGCUUCAAAGGUUUUUAGUUAUACACAGAAUCCAAAUUGAUCUUUCACCUGUAAUGGAAGCAAACAUAGCAGAGGCCAUUCGAGCCAAAGAAACCGCUGAGAGAAGAUUCGCGGAGAAGGAUUUCACCACAGCUAAGAACUAUGCACUCAAGGCCAAAUCCCUUUGCCCAGGACUCGAAGGCAUCUCUCAAAUGCUCGCCACUUUUGAUGUCUACAUGGCAUCUGAAGCCAAAUGUAAUGGUGGCCAAGUUGACUACUACUCAGUCCUCGGCUUAAAACCCACAUCGGAUCGAGAUGCCGUGAAAAAGCAGUACCGGAAAUUGGCUGUCUUACUCCACCCUGACAAGAACAAAACAGUUGGAGCAGAUGGUGCCUUUAAACUUGUCUCAGAAGCUUGGACUGUGUUAUCAGACACCCUCAAGAGAGCCUCCUACGAUCUCAAAAAGCAGUAUGCCACAAGCUCAUCAGUGAAAAAUCAUGGUCUCGAUACUUUCUGGACGGUCUGCACCUCAUGCAGAGUUCAGUAUGAGUACCUUCGGAAGUACGUGAACAAGAGGCUUUCUUGUAAGAACUGCCGGGGUACUUUUGUUGCUGUGGAGACGGGUACAGCUCCAGUUAAUGGGUCUUUUCCCUAUAGUCCUUGGACUUAUGUCCCUAACACAAAUGGCUACACAAGUUAUGAAGGGGUUUCCUAUAUCCCUACCACGACAAAUGCUACUGUAUACACCACUCAUGGAUAUGAUUAUGUUCCGAAUGUAUCGUUUCAAUGGGGAUCUUACUCUGGAACUUCUGGAGGUUUAUGUUCUAAUGGAGCUUCAUCUGGAGAUGGGUUUUAUCAGGUUAAUGGAAAUGUUGCUUCUCAUAGACGGAAGGUUAAGUCAGGGUUGAACGAGAAACUGAAAACUGCUCCUCCUGCUCCUGCUGCUGCUGCUGCUACUGUGAUGGCUAGUGUGAGCACGAAUGCACCAGUUAAUAACUUUGUCAGGUAUCUCACCAAAGCUGGGAGGCCUGAUAAGAGAAGGAAGAUUGUUGUUGGAGCGAGUUUUAGAAAUGGGUUUGAAGAAAAAGAUCCGAACCCUCCAUUGGAAUUAGGGUUUGCUGAUGCGCAUGCAAAGCUAGAACCUGAACCUAAGGUUUCAAGCCCGGUUGUGGUCCUGCCUCCAUUUGACGUUAGGAAGUUUCUGAUAGAUAAGGCGAGGUGUGAAAUUGGAUUGAGGUUGGAAGAAAUGGAGAGAACUGAGUCUGCCCUUAAAGCAGAUUCUGGAAUCUUUUCUGGACGUGUGAGCAAUAAGCUACAUAGUAUAACAGUUCCUGAUCCAGACUUCCAUGAUUUCGAUAAGGAUAGAUCGGAGGAGUGUUUCGCACCAAAGCAGAUAUGGGCAUUGUACGAUGAAGAUGAUGGCAUGCCUCGACUCUACUGCUUAAUCCGUGAGGUGGUCUCUGUUAAACCCUUCAAGAUUCUAAUAACUUACUUGAGCUCCAAGACAGAUGCAGAAUUUGGUUCGAUGAACUGGAUUAGUUAUGGGUUUACAAAAUCUUGUGGACAUUUUAGAGCUUGGAAUUCUGAUACCAUUGAUAAGGUCAAUGUCUUUUCUCAUCUGUUGAGAGGGCAGAAAGCUGGAAGGGGCGGAUGUGUGAGGAUCUUCCCAAGAUGCGGCGAGAUUUGGGCGGUUUAUAGACAUUGGUCAACUGAAUGGACCAGGUCAACGCCAGAUGAUGUGAGGCACAGUUAUGAGAUGGUGGAAGUGCUGGACAAUUACUCUGAGGAUCAAGGAGUCUGCAUUGCUCCAUUGAUCAAGCUAUCUGGUUUCAAGACGGUUUAUCAGAGAGACGAGAGACAGGAUGCGAUAAAGUGGGUCCCGAGGCCUGAGAUGUUCCGGUUCUCUCACCAGGUCCCAUCUUGGUCUCUUGACGGGAAGGCAAGCAAUCUUCCGGAUAAUUGUUGGGAUUUGGAUCCUGCAGCAACUCCCGACGAAUUGCUUCAAGCAAAGGGUUAGUUCUUUCAUUCCGGGGGAGGUUAUGAUUUCAUUACAUCGUUACAGAAGGUGAAGAUGAUGGAUGUUUAGGUUGACUGUACAAUACUUGCAUGCAUGGAUGGCUCAACUAAAGACGUCAUCUUUAUGCAAAGAUUUAACUCCAAAUAUGAUUUUUAGAAUUUCUUUUACCUGUUUUAUGUUUCUUACUGAGGGAAGAAGUGAAAUGAUGAAGAACCCAUAAGUCUGAGAGAUUGUAGGAGUCUUGUUAUUGGAUUGGGGGGGGGGCGGGGGGGCUGACGGAAACUUGUACUGUCCUUAUAUCUCCUUUGUUUGUCUGUCUGUCCACAGUGCAUCUCUCAAUCCCAGCAUCUUGUCAGAUUUCCAGUCUUAAGUUUUUUUUUUUUUUUUUUACAAAAGAUUAUCAUAAAUUGAUUCAAAAAAU